AUGCGUGCGGCCAAAGAACCUGUAUGCCCCGGUAAUAGCAAACACUCUCCCUUGUCUGCAGCUGCUAAAAUGUUAGACAUCAAAUGUCGACAUAGUGGGUCAGUAGCUUUAGUAGAUGAUCUGACCGAAUUUAUACAAGAGCUUCUCCCAGAGGACAACAAGAUGCCAAAGAACUUUGCUGAAAUAAAGAAGAUAAUUAGAGGUCUUGGGUUGCCGGUUGAAGUUAUCGAUUGCUGUUUCCGCAACUGCAAGAUUUACUGGGGGUCAGACGCGGAGUUAACACGAUGCAAAAUUUGCGAUCACGAACGGUGGAAACCGCCCCCUAAAGGAAUUUCUGUGAAAAGACGAGUUAACGUCCCUUAUAGGAAAAUGUUUUAUUUUCCUAUAACUCUGAGACUGCAGAGUGAAUUGCAUACAGAGUUUGCGGGAGAAAUUCGAAACGUCAGACUAGGCCUGUGUACUGAUGGGUUUCAACCAUUUAGGGCCUUCGGCCAGAAUUAUUCAUCAUGGCCAGUAAUUUUGACACCCUACAAUCUCCCCCCAGGGAUGUGUAUGAAAGAUGAGUUCAUGUUUUUAAUUGUUAUUGUCCCUGGGCCUCGAAAUCCUAAACACCAAAUGGAUAUAUUCCUGCAGCCAUUAAUAGCUGAUCUGAACCAACUGUGGGAAUUUGGAGUCCAGACAUUCGACGUUCAUAGGCGACAGAAUUUUCAAAUGAAAGCGGCACUGAUGUGGGCAAUUAAUGAUUUUCCCGCUUAUUCCAUGUUGUCUGGAUGGAGCACAUCUGGGAGACUGGCUUGCCCACACUGCAUGGAAAAUAAGGAUGCUUUCACGCUUAAAGGGAGUAGAAAACAGUCGUGGUUUGAUUGCCACAAAAGGUUCUUGCCUCGUGGUCACCCGUACCGUCAUAACACAACUCAUUUCCGUAAAGGGAAAACCGUAAAUCAAGAAUUCGGACAGCCGAAAACCGGAGAAGAAUUGCUGGCAGAGGUGGACAAUCUGGGUUUUAUGAAGGCAUAUGAAAUUGGGGCUGAGAAAAAUAAUGAUGCAAAGUCGACAGAUUAUGGUUGGAAUAAAAAAAGCAUUUUUUGGGAUUUUCCGUAUUGGAAAACGAAUCUCAUUCGUCACAAUCUCGAUGUCAUGCACAUUGAGAAAAACGUAUUCGACAACAUUUUCAAUACGGCGAUGUAUGCUUUGGACAGGGACGGAAAAAAGGCUUUACUCGAGUGGAUUAAGUUAAUAAAGUUUCCAGAUGGUUAUGCGUCUAACUUUUCCAGAUGUGUCGAUACAAUCAGUCUGAAAAUGCAUGGAAUGAAAAGUCAUGACUGCCACAUUUUUAUGCAAAGAAUUUCGCCAAUCGCUCUCCGUGAGCUAUUACCGAAGGAAGUGUGGGAGCCUUUAAUAGAGCUGAGUAUCUUUUUCCGUGCGUUAACCUCCACGUCUCUAACAGAGAAAGAUAUAGAACGUAUGAGGCUGGAAAUCCCAAAGAUACUGUGCAAGCUAGAACGUAUUUUUCCGCCAAGCUUUUUUGACUCCAUGGAACAUCUACCCGUACAUCUACCGAUCGAAGCUAUGAUGGCAGGGCCGGUUCAGUAUCGCUGGAUAUAUUUAAGAAAACUGAAAAAAAGAGUCUCCAAUAAAGGGAGGGUAGAAGGAAGCAUCAGCAGCGGAUACUUGAAUGAAGAAACAGCAAAAUUUGCAGCUUAUUACUUUUCAGAAGGUGACCCAAUGAUACCUGAGCGGCUGCAAAGAAAUGAAGUUUGUGACAUUAAAAUCGACGACGAUGUUGACAGACUAUCUAUUUUCAAGCCUCACGGGCAAUCAGUGGGUGCUUGCCGAAAGAGAUAUCUCGAAGAUGCUGAGAUUGUUGCUGCUCGGACAUAUGUUCUGUUGAAUUGUUCAGAAAUUGAAAAUUACAGAGAUAUUUUCGAAGGCGAGUUGCGGAGAGGAAACCCCGAUAUCAGCACCUCGCAAAUUGAAGCAAAGUUUCAGAGUGACUUUGCCUACUGGUUUCAACAAUAUGUAAGUAUUUUAAAAAUUGACUUUUAUGGAGUUCUGAAAGACAUAAUUGAGUUGGAGUAUCCGGCGCUUCCAAUGAAGACGACUGUCUUAUUUAAAUGCGAGUGGUUCGACCCAGCGCACAAUUCUGGCACAAUUAGUAACAAAAAAUACAACAUGGUGGAUAUUAAUAACAGAAAGAGAUAUAAUAAGUAUGAACCUUUCAUCUUAGCCGAACAGGCCGAUCAAGUUCAUUGCCUACCAUAUCCGAGUAAAAGAAGGGAUAAAUUAAAUUGGUGGGCAGUUUGCAGAAUAAAGGCACGAUCAGAAUUUGACAUGCCCGAGGGGAUUAUCCCGGCCUUUCAAGACGAGACAGAAGAAAAUCCUCUCAUUGUUGCAACAGACGGCAAUCCAACAUAUUUCGCUGAUCAAAAUGGAGAAGCAUAA